GAUGCUGCCACUGAUGAAGAUGGCGAAUGUUUGGAGUAUGGCGAUUUACUGCAGAAGCUGAUAAAGUGAAUAAGAAGAGAUAAUUCUAAAGAUAGAAAACCAACAAAAGAAUACGUGCAGAAUUGUGGUGAAUAUAAAAGCUGUUGUGGUUAUGAUUGGAAGGGAAAUAUUACCACUGAAAACCUGACAGAAGUAGAGCAGAAACCAAACAAACCACUAGUAGUUUCGGACUGCAUCCUAGCUGGCUAACUAAACGCGUUAGCUAGCUACGUUAGCUAACAUACCCACUAGCUAGCCAGCAAUCGCUAACGUUAUAUAAACUGGAUUUUUUUUAUUACAGUUUUCCAAGGAUUGGUAGCAAAAUAUCCAUGAUUUGACACAGUUUUAACUAAUUUGAUGCCCUACCAUAGAUGGAAAUUCUAAUUAGUGAGGGCGGGCCAGAAUGGAUGCGUUCAUCGGUGGAUGUUAAUGCUACUAGUAGCUAGCUAACGGUAUUGUGCCAAUUAGCUAACCACUUUCCUUAGUUAUCCAGCUAGCUAGCUACAUUAAUUAAGCAGGUUGCUAGUUAGCUUUAGUUUAGGACACAUCGGGCGGGAGUCUGUGUAUUGGUUCCAACCUCAUAGACUCCCUGUCCCAAAGCUAGCUUGCUAAAUUAGAUAUGUCUAUCCCCACCCUGUUGUAAUUUCCCAAUACUACCCUGAAAGCACGUCACGUGAUGAAAUUGAUGGAAGGUACUAUUAUUGUUUAUCUUUGGGCCCACCUUUUAAGUGUCAUCUCCCAUCUUUGUCCAGGCACAGAAAGAAAGAAUGUCCCGCUCUUCAGACAGUGACGAUGGAUACUUUGUUGCCAUGGAUACAGAGGAAGAUGGAUCAGGGCCUGUUGGAAUGGCACAGCGGGAAGAUGAGAAGGUGGGGACCAGCAGAGGAGAGAGGGACCUAGAAGGAUGCAGUGAGGGUGAGGGGACAAUGGUGGAGCUGCCAGAGGAAGUCCUAGAAUACAUCCUGUCCUUCCUCUCACCUUACCAGGAGCACAAGACCGCUGCACUGGUGUGUAAACAGUGGUAUCGCCUCAUUAAAGGUAUGUCUCUCUACUGACGACACAACAACCACCACCACCAUUCUAAACCCAAGUAGUAGUGCUGAGCGAAUAACCCAAUUAAAAAAUGUUUGGUUAUCAAACAACUCAUUGAUAUAUAUUUUAUUUGUUUGUGAGCCCCACGAGCCGUUUCUCUAGAGAGAAUCAAAUAAUUCAUGAGAGAAAUCAAGUCGAGAACUAUGUGGGACGCUGGCCUCCCGAUUGGCGCAAUGGUCUAAGGCACUGCACCACGACCUACGACCUGAGGUUCAAUCCCAGGCUGUGUCACAGCCGGCCGUGACCGGGAGCCCGAUAGGGCUGCGCACAAUAGGUCCACCGCCGUCCAGGUUAGGAGAGGGUUUGGCCGGGUGGCUUUCCUUGGCUCAUUGCACUCUAGCUACUCAUUGUGGAGGGCCGGGCGCCUGCAAGCUGUCGUCGGUCGAAUGUUGUUUCCUCCGAAACAUUGGUGCGGCUGACAUCCGGGUUAAGCGAGCAGUGUGUUAAGAAGCAGUGCGGCUUGGCUGGUCAUGUUUCGGAGGACACGUCUCGACAUUCGCCUCUCCCGACCCCGUUGCGGAGUUGCAGCGAUGAGACAAGAUCGUAACUACCAAUUGGAUUUAAAAAAAAUUGAGGGAUAAAAAUGGGAUUAAAAAAUGAACUAUACUUAACAAAAAAUAUAAACGCAACAUGCAUACAUACAGUUCAUAUAAGGAAAUGUGUCAAUUGAAAUAAAUUAAUUAGACCCUAAUCUAAUGAUUUCACAUGACUGGGAAUACAGAUAUGCAUCUGUUGGUCACAGAUACUUAAAAAAUGUAGGGGCGUGGAUCAGAAAACCAGUCAGUAUCUGGUGUGACCACCAUUUGCCUCAUGCAGCGCGACACAUCUCCUUCACAUAGAGUUGAUUGUGGCCUGUGGAAUGUCCCACUCCUCUUCAAUGGUUGUGCGAAAUUGCUGGAUAUUGGCGGGAAUGGAAAACACACUGUCGUUUACGUCGAUCCAGAGCAUCCCAAACAUGCUCAAUGGUUGACGUCUGGUGACAUGCUUUCAUUCAAGGACAGUCUCGCAAAAAUAUGCAUUCUUGUGUUCUUACUACGUGCUAUUCAAAGUGCUCUGAACAAAUUUAAGGGAAUCGUUCACAAACAUUGACACAUUCUGAGAUCCGAUGACAGUAUUGGUAAUGUGUUUUUUCGGACCCUCCCUUGGUCGUGUUCUCACGGGGCAGAAAUCUGAGAUCAAGUGGUAAACACUGUGAUUUACCACCCCAAAAUACCCCCGCACGACAUCUCCUUGCGCCCCAUCCGGAUGGAAACUACAAGUAAUGGCUGCGCUCAAUACAAUAGCGUUUACAAAUGUAGAUCCUUAAAACACCUCCAAACAGGGAAACAGAUCAAUCAAAGGUGUUAUCACAUGCUCAAAUAAGGCAGUUAUUUAUUUUAUAACUUGUCCUUGUGUAAAAAAGUAUGUGGGCAAAGCACAAACUAAAAGUAAGAAUCUCUGAGCAUCAUAGCACCAUUAGGUGCAAAAACUUGACGGACCCAGUUGCGGCCCACUUUUUGGAAGCGAACCACUCUAUUUGUCCCUUCGCUUUAUUGGCAUCGAACACGUCACCCUCCUUAGGAGAGGGGGGGUGACUUUGACAAUUUAUUGUUAAAACGAGAGGCCGUCUGAAUCUUUAAUUUAAGGACCCUUGCUCCCUUCGGUUUGAUCUGAAGCCAUGCUUGUGAUUAUUGUGUUUUUACUAUCCAUUGUAAAUAAUGUUUGGAGGCCUAUGUAGUCAAAUGGUAUCUCUGAUCAUAUGUAAUCCAUUCAUGCUUUUUUAUAUGUUCUAUUUAUAUGUAAAUCGAUCCAAUGAAAUCAAGCCACAGCCGGCCAUGAUUACAGACACCCAUGUGUGUCCUUUCAAACUCUAUAUAAACUAUUGACCCGCAAUGUUUGUCAUUAUACCCUGAUGAAAGCAGCUUGACUGUCAAAAUGUUAUUAAAUUAUUGCAUUCGAGCUCCUAGAGUGUGCAGCGCUCAUUUUCUUUUUCCAGUGUUCUACUCCGCUAGCCAUCACCUCGCCUAACCUGGUGUGCAUUUCUUCUGCCUCCGGAAAGCAGACUGAAUCAGGUUUUCCUCUAGGAUUUUGCAUGUGCUUAGCUCCAUUCCAUUUAUUUUUUAUCCUGAAAAACUCCCCAGUCCUUAACGAUUACAAGCAUACCCAUAACCAGGGCUUGCGACUAACUUUUUCGUCACUGUCCCGAAGUGCAAUUUCAACUAUCCCAAACUGAAAAUACUUGUUUUUUAAAAUGUUUUGAUAUGCCACCAUGGGUCAUUUGCAGUGCUUUUAAAGUAAUUGGUGUUUUUCUGAGACAGAUACAGUCUAUAUUACAUAAACGUAAUUUGUUAAUGAAAUCAGACAAACAUCCAUUACAUUAUUAAUCAUUCUAAUUUAUUAAUUGAACAUGCUAACCACAUGUAUACAAUAAUAUAUAUAAGAGAGAACAAUGUUAUUGUGAACUGGUUACUGAAUAGACUUAAGUUAGAGACAUUCCAUUCCACCACCAGCUGCCCCAUUAAACAACAUAACGAUAUACAAUAAAGAACGUGUGUGUUCCCCAGCCUUCAAUUUCUCUGCUUCACCCUCCCUUUUCAGGUACUGAAGAAUGGUCGCCUUGACCUUUUUGAGCGCCACCACUUGCUAACGGCCAGGUCCUAAAAUGUACUUUUUGGUACAUCAGCCACUGUGGCAGGUAGAUUUAAAAAUCUACCAGCCACUCAGAUUUCUUACCAGACAAAAAUAAUGUUUGGCUAAAAUUACACCAACAAAACACAAAAAAACAGAUGAGCAUGCUUUGCAAUGUUUCUAAAUCAAUAAAUGUAUUACUAGUAAGGAGCAAUGUGGUAUAUUGUUUAAUUACAUUUUUUGUGACCUGAGACUUUUAACCAGAAUAUCACAGAUGAGACAAAACAUUUCACCUGCCUCUUUAAGGGCGGGAGGUUACCUUGAUAAUGCGACUCGAGUCAUGUUUGUGCCUGGAGAUUGGGAGUCUGACUAGUAUCCACGUUGCUUCUCUUCCCUAGCAGUUGAAACUCAAACAUUGAAAAACAACCUAGCUUGUGAACAAAACAAUGUAAAUAGCCAAGGAACACAAGGACAAAGUCUCACUUCAGUAGACUUCCGUUUCAAAUUAAUUAAACAAACUUUUAUGCGCUUCUAAAAAUGAAUCUGUCACUCAGCUCUUCACAUGCACACGCACAGCCCCCAGCCAGGCAGUGUUGCAGCACGAGGCAGAAAUACUUUGCACAUUUUACAGUGUGGAUUCGGUUCAGGUCAGGGAGAUCCAACCAUAUUCUCUAGAAUACCAUAGUAGCUAGUCAUAGCCUACAGACAAUGCAAAUGCCGCAGCAACUAACCUAAAUAAUUAAAUAUGCUGUACUUAGCCAGCCGUAUCAUUGUUUGAAACCUGGACAUUUUACUUAGCCUAUCUUACCUUGCUUUUAAUAACCUGCAGCCAAAAUCCGACCAUAGAAUAAAAGCGAAGAUUUCCUGAUAUGCCAUUGCAACCAGCAAGUCAGUAAGGCACAAUCAUAUUGUUGCAUCUUCAGAUAUUCCCUCUUUCUAAGUUUCUACUAUUAGGCUGUAUAUCCAUCUGUCGCAUUAUAAAAACCUCUAGCAUCAGGUGCGCGUUUGAGAAUGGUGUUAUCCCGUGAUAGCAUUUUGGAACAUUCAGGCAUAUGGCCGAGACGAGUAAACACAUUGCUGCGCUUGUAAUGUGAAUUAUUUAUAGUUUAUCAACUUUUAAGCUAAAUGUUGUGAUCUGUUUCAUCAGCCUCAUCUUUGUGUUUAAACAUUUCAGUAAUGAACCACUGUUGUAAGCAUUUUAUAUUUUUCUGGCUUAUCGUCCCGCAACUGUCCCAACGUCUGUUUUGAACCAUUCCAGACAUAUUUUUUAUUGUACCCGGGACGACGGGACACCCUUAAUUCCGAGCCCUGCUCAUAACAUGACGCAGCCACCGCUAUGCUUGAAAAUAUGGAGAGUGGUACUCAGUAAUGUGUUGUAUUGGAUUAGCCCCAAACAUAACACUUUGUAUUCAGGACAAAAAGUUAAUUGCUUUGCCAUACUUUUUGCAGUAUUACUUAUUGCAUUGUUGCAAACAGGAUGCAUGUUUUGGAAUAUUUUGUAUUCUGUACAGGCUUGCUUCCUUUUCACUCUGUCAAUUAAGUUAGUAUUGUGGAGUAACUACAAUGUUGUUGAUCCAUCCUCAGUUUUCUCCUAUCACAGCCAUUGCACUCUGUAACUGUUUUAAAGUCACCAUUGGCCUCAGGGUGAAAUUCCUGAGGGGUUUCCUUCCUCUCCGGCAACUGAGUUAGGAACUACGCCUGUGUCUUUGUAGUGACUGGGUGUGUUGAUACACCAUCCAAAGUGUAAUAACUUCCAUGCUCUAAGGGAUAUUCAAAGUCUGUUUUUUAUUUUUUUACCCAUCUACCAAUAGGUGCCCUUCUUUGCAAGGCAUUGGAAAACCUCCCUGGUCUUCGUGGUUGAAUCUGUGUUUGAAAUUCACUGCUCGACUGAGGGACCUUACAGAUAAUUGUAUGUGUGGGGUCAUUCAAAAAUCAUGUUAAAAACUAUAAUUGCACACAGAGUGAGUCCAUGCAACUUAUUAUGUGGCUUGUUAAGCAACUGUUUACGCCUGAACUUAUUUAGGCUUGCCAUAACCAAGGGGUAGAAGACUUAUUGACUCAAAACAUUUCAGCUUUUCAUUUUUUAUUAAUUAGUUUAUUAUUUUUUUAUCCGAAAACAUAAUUCCACUUUGACAUUAUGGGGUGUUGUGUGUGUGUGUAGGCCAGUAACAAAACAUCUCAAAUUAAUCCAUUUUAAAUUCAGGCUGUAACACAACAAAGUGGAAAAAGUCAACGGGUGUAAAUUCUUUCUGAAGGCACUGUACACAUAGACUUCAUGAGAGAGGAAUGUACACCACAACGAUGAGAGAGGGGGAUAGAGACAGUUGGUGAAAGUAUUGGUAGCACACAGAGAUAACGUUGUCUGGCUGCUACUGCCUGAACAGAGAUGAGAUUAUGACUUUAAGGAAUUAAAAAUAAUAGUCAUCAAAUAAAACUAAGUAAUAUUCACAACUUAAAUAUUUAAUUAUUUCAUAGUAAUUUCCUAUUUUUCUAUUGAUGUCUACCCAAUGUUGACCUGACGGAGACAAUGGAAUAUUUUCAAUGUUUUGGUAAUUGAAUGUUCACAAUUUUGGGCUUUGGAAUUUCCAUUAAAAAGCUCUGUCAUUUUAAUGUCAUUAUUUCAUUAUGCAUUUAAUGUAAAAUAAAUAUAUUCAGAAAUCGUGAUUAUUUUUGUAAUAAUUGAACCGAAACCAAACCGACCUCAAAAAGCACUAAUCACUCAGCACUACCAAGAAGGCAACAGCAUGCCAUUAUGCUGCAUUUUGAGACACCCAAGUGGAAACCCAAACUAAUAACCACUCAGCUGUUUGACUGAAGUGGUUAUUUUUUACAAUAGGUGAAGUAACGUUUAUCCCGUUUUCAGAUGGAACACUGAGUCAACCCAUGACAAUGUUUUCUUUCAAAAACAGUUAUAAGAUACUGACGUGUUACUUAUUAUGUUGCUUUUAUUGUGGCUGUGACUCACAUAAAACCAUAGUAGUCACUCACUCACCUCAUCUCCAAUCUCUUUCUCCCCCCAGGUGUUGCAUAUCAGUGUUACCAUGGUUUUCUGCGGGCUGUCCAGGAGGGAGAUAUUCAGUGGGAGAGUCGUACAUACCCAUAUCCUGGAACACCCAUCACGCAACGCUUCUCACACAGUCAGUAUACAACAUAUACAUAUAUACCACCGCUUUGUUGAAUUGAGUUGAUUGGCCAUGGUAGAAGCUGGAUAAUUAACUCCAGGCUGUGCAGUCUAAGUAUUAACUCCAAAAUAAGGCCAUAUAAACACAUUGGGUUUAUUUUGGACAGAUUUUGGCGAGAUUAAAACCUCUCCCUUCGCCUCUUCCUCUGUUUACACACACACACACGCCAACAAAGUUGAGAGAACACUUCUUCCUCUCUGACAAGUGGUUUCAACUCGCUAUUUGCGGUUUGGUCCAACAUAAUUUUACUGUAAUAGAGGAGAAGAUAACCUUUCUAAUGAAAUCCUUUUUAUGUCUCAACUCCUUAAAUUGCAUGCAGAACAGACACUACUAAAACAGGAGUGUCAAACAUUGAUUCUGGAAAAUGAAUGCUCAGUUUGCCACAUGCGGCAUGGCGGUACCAUGUACCGCUAGCAGCAUUUUAGCCAAAGACUGUUAUACUAGUCUGUGUUUUAUUAAUGUGCAAUAAGCAUAAAACUCAAUUAUAUAAGGAGUUGGCAACUCUUUCUCAUUCUGAGAAAUAAGGUAGGCCACUUGACAGGCUAGCAUGCUGUUCAAACAGUUACGGACAGAAGGGUGUAUUCAUAACAAUUCAACUGUUGUGCCUUGAUAGCUAGCAAAUAGAUCCAAGUUGGUUCAACUUUAAAUAUAAAGAUUAGCUGGCUACUCACUAGCACGUGAGAUUGUUUGAGACCUUGUGUUAAUUUUCUAUAAUGUCUGCUACAAGAAGUUAGUCAUUCUUAGUGAAUGUGCAUUAUUCACAAUUCUUUUUAAAUUUGUAACAAAAGUGGCAUUUUCAUAGAAAUACCUGAAAGCCAGAUCAGUGGUUAUUGCAAAAAAAAGCAGGUUAAACUAUUUUGAUAAAGUCAUUUAAUUAUUAGUGGUGCUUAUACACUGAGUGUACAAAACAUUAAGAACACCUUCCUUUGCCCUCAGAACAGACUCAAUUUGUCGGGGCAUGGACUCUGCAAGGUGUCAAACACCUUGACUGCAAUGCUUCCAACAGUUGUGUUAAGUUGGCUGGAUAUCCUUUAGGGGGUGGACCAUUCUUGAUACACACUGUAAACUGUUGAGUGUGAAAAACCCAGCAGCGUUGCAGUUCUUGACACAAACCUGUGCGCCUAGCCCCUACUACCAUACCUGUUCAAAGGCACACUUCAAUCUUUUGCCAAUUCACCCUCUGAAUGACACACAUACACAAUGUCUCAAUUGUCUUAAGGCUUAAAAAUCCUUUAACCUGUCUCCUCCCCUUCAUCUACACUGAUUUGAAGUGGAUUUAACAAGUGACAUUAAUAAGGGAUCAUAGCUUUCACCUGGAUUCACCUGGUCAGUCUGUCAUGGAAAUAUGUUCUUAAUGUUUUGUACACUCAAUGCAUUUAGCCUUAUUUCACAUGCACUGAAUUCAUUUGAUUAUUGCUUACUGUUUGAAAUGCAGUGUAUUUGACCUUUAAUUGUACAUCAAAGCUUAUUUAGAGAAAACAUUAAAGUCAAUGCAUAUCGUGAAUCGCCCAUAAGUUCGAAAACAAGCGAUGUUGCAGUCUAGAUGUUGAUGGAAUAAAGUUUAUGAUAGCCAUAACUGAGUCCAUGGUGUUGUUUAACUCACCGCUGAGUUAAGUGCAAAGCAAACUCUGGUGUAUCAGGCAGUGUAGUGAUCUCAUCUGCGGUGAAGGAGCCAAUAGGCGGGCAGACUGACCCUGUACCCCUGUUAGCAGCUCUGAUUGACUGUAACUGGUAUGUUGGGUGAUAUUGAUUGACAUUUACAUUUACAUUUUAGUCAUUUAGCAGACGCUCUUAUCCAGAGCGACUUACAGGAGCAAUUAGGGUUAAGUGCCUUGCUCAAGGGCACAUCGACAGAUUUUUCACAUAAUCGGCUCGGGGAUUAGAACCAGCGACCUUUCGGUUACUGGCACAACGCUCUAAACUACUAAGCUACAGCACUUAAUGGGCGGGACUACAGGAAAACAGAUUCUCCCAUUGGAGAACAUUGAACGAGGGCUCCUUUUGGCACUAAACGUUAGAUUUUUGCGAGGAUUUAUUAUUAUUAUAAAAAAAAAUUAAAUUAAUGUUCAGAAUUGAUCAAAGGGACAGUCUAAAUGUAUAAACGGGCCGGAUCUGGCCCACGGGCUGCCAGUUAAAUAUCCCUGGUGUAAGUCAUUGUGACUCAAACCAUGUAUGUGUGUGUUGCAGGUGCAUGCUACUACGACUCCAACCAGUCCAUGUAUGUGUUUGGGGGCUGCACUCAGAGUAGUUGCAACGCUGCCUUCAACGACCUAUGGAGACUUGACCUCAACAGCAAGGAGUGGAUCCGCCCUUUAGCCUCAGGUAAGAAAUCAUUCCUUGAGGUGGAUGCUGCCUACUUGUAACAAGGAAAGUGAAAAUAACGUUGCUUGAUGGCUUCGUGUGCUUUACAAAAUAUGAAAACAUGUAUUGUUUUUGUAAUUUUUUACUCUGCUUGCAGAUGUAAUUUGUCAUGUUUAAAUUGACUUCCAACCUGUGUAUGCAUGACAUAGAAGUAUGUACAGUGCAUUUGGAAAUUAUUUAGACCCCUUCCCUUUUUCCAUAUUUUGUUACGUUACAGCCUUAUUCUAAAAUGGAUUAAAUAAAUAUAAAUUCUCAUUGAUCUACACAUAAUACCCCAUAAUGACAAAGCGAAAACAGGUUUUGAGAAAUGUACAUAAAAAGAUACCUUUACAUAAGAUUCAGAACCUUUGCUAUGAGACUCGAAAUUAAGCUCAGAUGCAUCCUGUUUCCAUUGAUCAACUUGAUUGGAGUUCACCUGUGGUAAAUUCAAUUGAUUGGACAUGAUUUGGAAAGGCACACACCUGUCUAUAUAAGUUCCCACAGUUGACAGUGCAUGUCAGAGCAAAAACCAACCCAUGAGGUCGAAGGAAUUGUCUGUAGAGCUCCGAGACAGGAUUGUGUCGAGGCACAGAUCUGGGGAAGGGUACCAAAAAAUGUCUGCGCUAUUGAAGGUCCCCAAGAACACAGUGGCCUCCAUCAUUCUUAAAUGGAAGAAGUUUGGAACCACCAAGACUCUCCCUAGAGCUAGCUGCCCGGCCAAACUGAGCAAUCGGGGGAGAAGGGCCUUGGUCAGGGAGGUGACCAAGAACCUGAUGGUCACUCUGACAGAGCUUCAGAGUUCCUCUGUGGAGAUGAGAGAACCUUCCAGAAGGACAACCAUCUCUGCAGCACUCCACCAAUCAGGCCUUUAUGGUAGAGUGGCCAGGCGGAACCACUCCUCACAGCCCGCUUGGAGUUUGCCAAAAGGCACCUAAAGGACUCUCAGACCAUGAGAAUCAAGAUUCUCUGGUCUGAUGAAACCAAGAUUGAACUCUUUGGCCUGAAUGCCAAGCGUCAUGUCUGGAGGAAACCUGGCACCAUCCCUACGGUGAAGCAUGGUGGUGGCAGCAUCAUGCUGUGGGGAUGUUUUUCAGCGGCAGGGACUGGGAGACUAGUCAUGAUCGAGGGGAAAGACGAACGGAGCAAAGUACAGAGAGAUCCUUGAUGAAAACCUGCUCCAGAGCACUCAGGACCUCAGACUGGGGCGAAGGUUCACCUUCCAACUGGACAACGAACCUAAGCACACAGCCAAGACAACGCAGGAGUGGCUUUGGGACAAGUCUCAAUGUCCUUGAGUGGCCCAGCCAGAGCCCGGACUUGAACCCGAUCGAACAUCUCUGGAGAGAUCUGAGAAUAGCUGUGCAGCGACGCUCCUAUCCAACCUGACAGAGCUUGAGAGGAUCUGCAGAGAAGAAAAGGAGAAACUCCCCAAAUACAGGUCUGCCAAGCUUGUAGUGUCAUACCCAAGAAGACUCGUGACUGUAAUCGCUGCCAAAGGUGCUUCAACAAAAUACUGAGUAUAGGGCCUGAAUACUUUUUAUUUUGAAUACAUUUGCAAAAAUUUCUAAAAAUCUGUUUUUGCUUUGUAAUUAUGGGGUAUUGAUGAGGGGGCAAAAUAAUUUAAUACAUUUUAGAAUAAGGCUGUAACGUAACAAAAUGUGGAAAAAGUCAAGUGGUCUGAAUACUUUCCGAAUGCACUGUAUGAAGACUCAUUCUUUGUCCUUUUGCCCACAUAGGCUCCUAUCCGUCUCCUAAAGCGGGUGCUACCCUGGUGAUGUACAAUGACCUGCUGGUGCUGUUUGGUGGAUGGACUCGCCCUAGCCCCUACCCACUACAUCAGCCUGAGAGGUUCUUUGACGAGAUCCACACAUACUCCCCCUCCAAAAACUGGUAAGCGGAAGAGACCAGGUGGUUUGGAGAUAGGCCUAGACCCAGUGGAUGAAUUAACUCCUUUAGCCGUAAGUGUCAUCACACGUUGUCUACUGUUCACUCUCAUACAGGCUGAUAGUCAGUGUGCUAUUACUCAUGACAAUUCCUUCUGUGUAGAGACUGAAGACCCAUAGCCCCACAAUAGUAUGGCAUUGGUUGAAGCUCAACGAUAAAUUCAAAUCUCCAUUCCAUUAUAUGUAAGCCAAAUUUGCAAAUCAACUUGAUUGGAGGUACACGACACACUCCCUGCCUCUCGUCAUGAGCCGUCCAGCCGUCACCGAGAACCACAUACCAGAUUGUUAACAGGGUUGUUAGCAAUUUAGUUUUCAGAGUUAUUUUCUGUGCCCAUCUAGCUCAAAUUCUAGAUGUCGGAUUAAAACAAGACUAUAUUGUCCAUAAAGUUACAAUUGGACUUAAAACAUUUCGGAUUGACUAAGUGUGUAGGUGCAACAGUUUUUAUUAAAUGUAUAUGCUAACUUCUGUCCAUUAAGAUCCAAACGAUGUGCUACCUUUUUUUGUAGCACUAGCUAGCUAUUCCAUAGUCCAAGCUACGCUAAGAGCUAGCCACAUUUUACUGUCAGACAGGACACAACUCGCACUGUAGCUGAGAAAACAAAUUGCUAGCCACAUGUAGCUAGCUAGCUAUGUUAAAUCCCCAAUGCACAUUUAAACAGAGCUUCGCUUGUGCAUUAUAGUGUGCAAAUGCAUGCUUGCUAGUAUCAGAAGAACUCACCAGUUUCGAACAUCCAGAAUCAAUUCCAGUACGCUCCUUCUCCUGUCUUCUUGAGAUUUGAAUCCAAAUGUGUGCUGAUCAACAGUGCCAAACUAACAACUCUGAUUGUAUUUACAGUGCCGAUAUGGAUGUUGGACUAGCCCAUGUGUUGGAUAUUUGUCAACAGCUAAUGCCCCACCAAACCCAGAUUAUAUAAUUGUAUAGGAUGCAUAAUUGUGUAGGAUGCAUAAAAUCUUUGUAUAGGAUGCUUUAGGCUAGAAACAAGCUGUAAAAGGCACAAGAAAGACGCGGCUCUGGUAUACAUGGGGAUAUCUUUUAGUCUCUAUGGCUGAGUUAUACAACCUUCAAAAGUCAAUGACUUAAAACCGUUUUAUUUUACACAGAACAAAAAUAUAAACGCAACAUGCAACAAUUUCAAAGAUUUGACUGAUUACAGUUCAUAUAAGGAAAUCAGUCAAUUGAAAUAAAUUCAUUAGGCCCUAAUCUAUGGAUUUUACAUGACUGGGAAUUCAGAUACCUUCAAAAAAAAAGGUAGGGCGUGGAUCAGAAAACAAGUCAUUAUCUGGUGUGACCACCAUUUGCCUCAUGCAGCGCGACACAUCUCUUUCGCAUAGAGGCUGUUGAUUGUGGCCUGGGGUAUGUUGUCCCACUCCUCUUCAAUGGCUGUGCAAAGUUGCUGGAUAUUGGCGGGAACUGGAACAUGCCGUUGUACACGUCGAUACAGAGCAACUCAAUAGGUGACAUGUCAGGUGAGUAUGCAGGCCAUGGAAGGACUGGGACAUUUUCAGCUUCCAGGAAUUGUGUACAGAUCCUUGCGACAUGGAAUCGCGCUUUAUCAUGCUGAAACAUGAGUUGAUGGCGGCAGAUCAAUGGCACGACAAUGGGCUGUCAUUCAAAUUGCCAUUGAUAAAAUGCAAUUGUGUUCGUUGUCUGUAGCUUAUGCCUGCCCGUACCAUAACCCCACCGCCAAAAUUGGGCACUCUGUUCACAACGUUGACAUCAGCAAACCGCUCGCCCACACAACACCAUACACACUGUCUGCCAUCUGCCCAGUACAGUUGAAACCAGGAUUCAUCAGUGAAGAGCACACUUCUCCAGCGUGCCAGUGGCCAUCGAAGGUGAGCAUUUGCCCACUGAAGUCGGUUACGACGCCGAACUGCAGUCAGGUCAAGACCCUGGUGAGGACGACAGGCACGUAGAUGAGCUUCCCUGAGACGGUUUCUGACAGUUUGUGCAGAAAUUCUUCAGUUGUGCAAACCCACAACGGGUGCCUGGUCUCAGACGAUCCUGCAGGUGAAGAAGCCAGAUGUGGAGGUCCUGGGCGUGGUUACACGUGGUUGUGAGGCCGGUUGGACGUACUGCCAAAUUCUCUUAAAACGACUUUGGAGGCGGCUUAUGAUAGAGAAAUUAACAUUAAAUUAUCUGGCAACAGCUCUGGUGGACAUUCCUGAGGUCAGCAUGCCAAUUGUACGCUCCCUCAAAACUGUGGCGUUGUGUGACAAAACUGCACAUUUUAGAGUGGCCUUUUAUUGUCCCCAGCACAAGGUGCACCUGUGUAAUGAUCAUGCUGUUUAAUCAGCUUCUAGAUAUGCCGCACUUGUCAGGUGGAUGGCAAAGGAGAAAUGCUCACUAACAGGGAUGUAAACAAAUUUGUGUACACAAGUUUUGAGAAAAGCUUUUUGUGUGUAUGGAACAUUUCAGGGAUAUUUUAUUUCAGCUCAUGAAACAUGGGACCAACACUUUACAUGUUGCAUUUACAUUUUUGUUCAAUAUACAUUGUUUUUAAGUGAGAAGUAGGUAUUGGUCUGAAAAAGAAAAAGAAAGGAAAUUCACAUGAGCACCACAAUGCCUACUCCACCCAUGCUUUUCAGCACACAACUUUGACCUACUACACUAUGUUGGUCUGUUGUGCUUCGGAAAGUAUUUAGACCCCUUGACUUUUUCCACAUUUUGUUACGUUACAGCCUUAUUCUAAAAUGUAUUAAAUGCAUUUUUUUCUCAUCAAUCUACGCACAAUGCAUUUACAUUUACAUUUUAGUCAUUUAGCAGACGCUCUUAUCCAGAGCGACUUACAGUUAGUGAGUGCAUACAUUUACCCAUAAUGACAGUGAAAACAGGUUUUAAGAAUUUUUUGCAAAUGUAUGAAAACUUAACAGAAAUACCUUAUUUACAUAAGUAUUCAGACCCUUUGCUAUGAGACUCGAAAUUGAGCUCAGGUGCAAAUAAAUGUGAUAUUUCCGUUUUUUUAUUUUUAAUACAUUUGCAAAAAAAAAUAACAGUUUUUGCUUUGUCGUUAUGGGGUAUUGUGUGUAGAUUGAUGGGGGAAAAACAAUUUAAUCCAUUUUACAAUAAGGCUAUAACAUAACAAAGUGGAAAAAAUCAAGGGGUCUGAAUACUUUCCGAAUGCACUGUUGCUUAGAAUGUGGAAUAACGUUGUGGGGCUCAUGAAUCUCCUUUCUUUUUCGGCUUCAGACCAAUGCCUACUCGCUUAACUUUGGUUUUAGUUUUUAAUUAUACUUAUAGCCUUACCUAGCCAUCAGUGCUUGGUCUUUUAUCACUUUCCCCUCAUCUAGCUAAGCCGUAAACUUCUCCCUGUGCCCUCUCAGGUGGAACUGCAUCGUGACAACCCAAGGACCCCUGCCCAUGGCCGGUCACUCCUCCUCCGUCAUAGGGAGCGCCAUGGUGGUGUUUGGAGGAUCGCUAGGGGCACGCCAAAUGUAUGUCAUUACUUUGAGGAGCUUUUACCUUUGCGUCUUCCUGCACAUUUUACUAUACUGUGCCAAACCGCUCGCUACAAUGGGACAACCUGACACACAUCAGUUAAAACACUUUGAAUGAAUACAGUUGUGGUGUAACUAGACAAUGUAGAAAGGUUGUAGUGUGAAUGUCUUUUAAGUAAAGGAAAAUAAUGUCAUUACAAACUGUCAGUUUUGCAAUUUUGAUAGUUGUCUGUAAAUCUGUCACUGUGUGUAUUUUUGUCCCACCGUGUCCCCCUGCUCGCCAUUGGUCCCUAAUCAGGAGUAACGAGGUGUGGGUUCUGGAUCUGGAGCAGUGGUCCUGGUCCAAGCCCACCAUCACCGGCCCAUCCCCCCACCCACGAGGAGGCCAGUCUCAGGUCAGGAUGACGUUUUUCUUCACACCUUCUCCCCUCAAUACCUCCAUCACCCUCUACACAUCUCAAUUCCUGCAUCUCCACUACACACCGUCCAUACCCCCAUCAUGCAGUAUUUCUGAUUUAUUUUGUAAAUAUCUGUGUGUUUUUACAGGGAAUAAAGUUACCUUUUUGUGUCUUGUAUAGAUGUUUAUAUGUUUUUAAAUGUAUAUUCUCCUAUCUCACAGAUUGUGAUUGACAACGAGACUCUUCUUAUUCUGGGAGGCUGUGGAGGCCCUAAUGCGGUGAGAACCUGUGUUCUCCAGUGGAAGGCAGCAUUAUUAUUUUCCAAUGCGUAAAGAGCUCUGUCCUCUUGUUUUGCUGUUUGUGACUCUGCACCUCCCCUCUCUCUCAUGUCCCUGCUAGCUGCUGAAGGAUGCCUGGCUCCUGAACAUGGGUGCUCCACCCUGGACAUGGCAGCAGCUGAGGGUGGAGAACGACGACCAUGGAGCCCCAGAGCUGUGGUGCCACCCUGCCUGCAGGGUAUGUGUGGCUCUCUGUUUGUCAUCUAUCCCCAGUCUCACUGCGCUAAACACUGUUGGGAUGUUUGUUUUGCAGGUUUUCUACUUUCAACUCAACUUCCUUCAUUAUUUGUUUUCUGUCUGUCCAUCUCGCGCUCUCUCCAGGUUGGACAGUGUGUGGUGGUAUUCUCCCAGGCUCCGUCUGGCCGUGCGCCGCUCAGCCCCAGCCUGAACUCUCGGCCCUCCCCCAUCAGCGCCUCUCCCGGCCCCCUGGGCCCAGAGCCCCCCUCACUGCGCUCCCAGUCCCCUGUGAGGAGCGGCGCCGCCGGGGUCGUCCUGGGGGCCGUUGAGGAGGCUCCCUGUGUGAACGGCCGCUGGGGAACACUGAGACCACGUCCCUCGGCCAGAGGGGGUGCCAGAGAGGGUAGCCCCGGCUCCUCCUCUCAGCAGCCAUCCCCCUCCCAGGGGCCUGACAGCCCGCCUCUGCCCUCCCUCCAUCCACUACUCAACGGCUCAUCCCCAUCUCCCCGGACCAGCCCUGCCCAAGCUGCCUCCCCGCCUUCUUGCCCCCCUGUCUCCUCGGACUACGGCUGGGAGUCUCCCCCCUCUGCCACCCACCCCCUUUCUGCUGAGGUAUCCAGCACUAAUGGCGUGCACACGCCUGCCCCUGGCUCCCCACGCACUCCCCCGGGGGCCGUGUCCCCCGCAGCUCUGAGACGAGGCCUGGAGGCUGUCAAAAACCUGUCAUCUUCAUUAUCAUCAAACCCCUUGUCCCAAGGAGCUGCUUCAGGAGGAAGUGGAAGUGGGGGAGGAGUGGCUUCAGCGGGAACACCCCCCUCCUCCUCUUCCAGCCCGCCACAGGCUGCUACUGCCGGGACUGAUGGACACUCCAUCCCGCCUAUCGCACGGCGGCUUGGCCACCACCCGCCCCAGAGCCUGAACGUGGGAAAGCCCCUGUACCAGUCGCUCAAUUGCAAGCCAAUGCAGAUGUAUGUUCUGGACGUGUCCCAAGCCAAAGCAGCCGGUCUCGUCUCCUGGAGGGUUUACGGGAACGGCACCCCCGCCGCCGUCACAGGCCCCCCCGAGACCAGCCUCCACACAGUGGUCCAGGGUAGGGGCGAGCUCAUCAUAUUCGGGGGCUUGAUGGACAAGAAGCAGAACGUGAAGUACUACCCUAAAACCAACGCCUUGUACUUUGUGCGUGCUAAGAGGUAAUGCAGCGACGGACGGGUUUGUGAGUGACGCCAGAGAGUGUUGCUAGGUAACGGACGAUCAAUCCAUCCUGACCCAUACAAGGGAAGUAAAACAAGGCCUUUUUCCUCUACCGCAGAGGAUCAUGGGAAAAGAACGUGUCACACUAAUUCUUGACGUUCCUCUUCCCUCUCACACUAACUUCUCUCCAUCUAUUUCUCUCUCUACCCCCUCCCCCUCUUCCUAUCGCAUAACUUCAAAGAAGAUAACAUUUCAGACAGUGCAUUUAAAAGACACUUGAGGACGUUGUUGCUAUAAUGGUGACGGUUGGAUGAAUGGGCAUCCUGACCUCCCAACACCUGCAGUGUGUGUGUGUGAGUGACAAAGGUUGGUCAAAUGGCCUGAGUGGACAGCAGUUUAUCCCAAAAGAUGUAGACAGUUUCUGUUCCUCUUCAGUCACCCCGCUUUGAACUUACUGAGAGAAAAGAAAAUGGAACUAGCCUUGUGCUUACAAGGGCGCAACAGUGGACGACUGACUACCUUGCUUUUUUAUCACUCUUUCAGCCUGCGUUGUUUACAUUGAAAACUGCGUGAGUGUGUGUAAUAGCGUGUAUGUUGAUGUGUGUGUGUAAUAGCGUGUAUGUUGAUGUGAGUGUGUGUAAUAGCGUGUAUGUUGAUGUGUGUGUGUGUAAUA